CUUCACACACAGCACACCUACGCCCAGAAACACCCAAAGCCCAAGCCCCCAUCCCCACCGCAGAGAGCUUCCGGCGUCGGCGGCGGCGGCCAUGGAGGCGGCCUUGGCGGAGUUCGAGUGCCUAGGGUCGGCCGGUCCCAUAACCGCGGUGGCGAACGAGUUCCUGCGCGAGCAGACCCCGCACAACGAGAACGAGUCGGAAGAGCAGCUCCGCCGCCUGUUCAACCCCGCCUCCUACGCCCUCCCCGUCGGCCCGCCCGUCUCCGCCGCCGCCAGACUCUUCGCCCUGCCACCCGACGACGACGUCGACCGUGUCAGCCGCCUCCCCGACGCGCUCCUCCGCGACGUCGUCUCCCGCCUCCCCGUCAAGGACGCCGCGCGCACGGCCGCGCUCUCCCACCGCUGGCGCGGGGUCUGGCGCUCCACGCCGCUCGUCCUCCACGACGCCGACCUCCUCCCCGACACCUCCGCCGUGUCCCUCGUCCUCGACGCGCACCCGGGGCCCUUCCGCUGCGUCCACCUCACCAGCACCCGCUCGCAGGGCUUCCGCGGCCUGCUCGCGCGGUGGCUCCGGCUCCUCGCCGCCAAGGGCGUCCAGGAGCUCGUCCUCAUCAACUGCCGCUGGCCGCUCGACUACGUCCUCCCCGCCAGCCUCCUGGGCCUGACCACCCUCACCCGCCUGUAUCUCGGCAUGUGGAGGUUCCCCGACACGGUCGGCCUCCCGCGCGCCACCUGCUUCCGCAAUCUCCGUGACCUCGGCCUCCACAACGUCCUGGUGGAGAGAAGGGAUCUGGACUUCAUCCUCGACAGGAGCCCCGUGCUGGAGACGCUCUGUGUCCAGGGCAAUGUGCUCAAGCUUCGCAUCCGGCUCGUCAGCCAGAGCCUCCGGUGCGUGAAGAUCAUCGGGUGCUUCAUCGAAGAGAUAUUCGUGUUGGACGCCCCAAAUCUUGAGCGGUUCAUCUAUUUUGAUGCUUGGCACCCUGUUGGCAACUGCACCACCACGGUCAAGAUCGGCCAUGCCCCCAAGCUGCACUUGUUGGGAUACUUGGCUUUGGACCCACGAAAGCAUGUCCUAGAUGUGGGCAACACCAUCAUCAAGGCUGGGAUAGGGAUGAGCCCAAGCACCAUGCUACCAGGUGUGAAAAUCCUGGCUUUGGAGGUGCGUUUCGCAGUCCGCAAUGAUGUCAAGAUGAUCCCCAAUGUCCUCAGAUGCUUUCCGAAUGUCGAGGCACUCCACAUCAUGUCUGGAAAAGAUGAUCAAUCUACUGGCAAGCUCAACCUGAAGUUCUGGCACAAGUCCGGUGUCAUAGAAUGCAUACGGUCGCGCAUAAAGCUGCUGGUUGUCCGGGAUUUCAAAGGGGGGCGAAGCGAGAUGGCCUUCCUCAAAUUCUUCUUUCAGACUGCGUUGGUGCUGGAGGAGGUGGUGAUUCUGUUGCCCGAUGAUCCGACGGAUCAUAUGUAUCGCAAGGUGGUGUCCCUGAGGCACAUCGAACGGGCCAGUGAAGCGUCCUUACUGUGGGCAAGCAAGUCUGUUCCUCGAGGCUUCCUUCGGAGCGUCGAGAGAGCAUCUGAUUUCUCCCUCGACGACCCUUUUGCCAACUACUGUCGCAUUGGGUUGCAUCGCCUCGGCUAUCAUCAUGAGGACUAGUGGCAGAGCAAUGUGCGUCCUGGUGGAGAGAAGGGAUCUGGACUUCAUCCUCGACAGGAGCCCCGUGCUGGAGACGCUGUGCGUCCAGGGCAAUGUGCUCAAGCUUCGUGUCCGGCUCGUCAGCCAGAGCCUCCGGUGCGUGCAGAUCGUCGGGUCCUUCAUCGAAGAGAUCUUCGUGUUGGACGCCCCACGCCUUAGAGCGGUUCAUCCAUUCGGAGGCCUGGAAUCCUGCUGGCAACUGCACCACCACGGUGAAGAUCGGCCAUGCCCCCAAGCUGCACUUGUUGGGAUACUUGGCGUUGGACCCACGAAAGCAUGUCUUAGACGUCGGCAACACCAUCAUCAAGGCUGGGACAGGGAUGAGCCCAAGCACCAUGCUACCAGUUGUGAAAAUCCUGGCUUUGAAGGUGCGUUUCGCAGUCCGCAAUGAUGUCAAGAUGAUCCCCAAUGUCCUCAGAUGCUUUCCAAAUGUUGAGACGCUCCACAUCAUGUCUGGAAAAACUGAUCAAUCCACUGGCAAGGCCAACCUGAAGUUCUCGCUCGAGUCUGGUACCAUAGAAUGCAUAGAGUCGCGCAUCAAGCUGCUGGUUUUCCAUGGUUUCCAAGGGGAUCGAAGCGAGCUCGGCUUCCUCAAGUUCUUCUUCGAGAGCGCCUUGGUGCUGGAGGAGGUGGUGGUUGGUUCUGUUGGCCGCUGAUCCGACAGAUGAGAUGAUACGCAAGGCGGUGUUUCUGAAGUACAUGGAACGGGCCAGUGAAGCCUCCAUACUGUCGGUCGGCCGUUCUGGUCCUCAAGGCUUCGCUCAGAGCGCCAGGAGAGGAUCUGAUUUCUCCCUCGGCGACCCUUUUGCCAACUAUUGCCGCAGCGACUUGUAUCGUAUGUCAUCACCCCGCCCCUUGUACCUGUGCUAGCCUGAUUAGCUUCAGCGUCGAAGUUGGCAGUGUCAUUGUUGCAGCCGUUGUUCUACUGGUUGGCAAUUACGGACCA